AUGGUGGAGCGCGAAAAACAUGAUAAGCUGCAGAGGGAGGAGGAAGAGCGGAAGAGGGAGGAGGCGAGGAAGGUCGAGCGCGAAAAGGAGGAGAAGCGGCAGAGGGAGGAGGAAGAGCGGAAGUGGAAGGAGGAGAGGGAGCGCGAAAAACAGGAUAAGCUGCAGAGGGAGGAGGAAGAGCGGAAGAGGGAGGAGGCGAGGAAGGUCGAGCGCGAAAAAGAGGAGAAGCGUCAGAUGGAGGAGGAAGAGCGGGAGAGGGAGGAGGCGAGUAAUGUCGAGCGCGAAAAAGAGGAUAAGCGGAAGAGGGAGGAGGAAGAGCGGAAGAGGGAGGAGGCGAGGAAGGUCGAGCGCGAAAAAGAGGAGAAGCGGCAGAUGGAGGAGGAAGAGCGGAAGAGGGAGGAGGCGACUAAGGUCGAGCGCAAAAAGGAGGAGAAGCGGCAGAGGGAGGAGGAAGAGCGAAAGGAGGAGGAGAGGAAGGUGGAGCGCGAAAAGGAGGAGAAGCGGCAGAGGGAGGAGGAAGAGCGGAAUAGGGAAGAGGCGAGGAAGGUGGAGUGCGAAAAGGAGGAGAAGCGGCAGAGGGAGGAGGAAGAGCGAAAGAGGGAGGAGAGGAAGGCGGAGCGCGAAAAGGAGGAGAACCGGCAGCGGGAGGAGGAAGAGCGAAAGAGGGAGGAGGCGAGUAAGGUCGAGCGCGAAAAAGAGGAGAAGCGGCAGAGGGAGGAGGAAGAGCGAAAGAGGGAGGAGGCGAGUAAGGUCGAGCGCGAAAAGGAGGAGAAGCGGCAGAGGGGGGAGGAAGAGCGAAAGAGGGAGGAGGCGAGUAAGGGGGAUCGACGGGAGGAGAAUGAGCGGCGUGGGAUGGGGGGCGCUCUGCCGAGGCACGAAAGGCCGAGAGAGGUUGCUGGGUUGGGUGGACAUGGUGCCGAAGGGCAGCGGGGGUGUGAUGGAACUCGUCACACAAGCGAGGGCCAGAGGGACGCGAGAGUCUUUCAAACGCAAGCGGGGCGGGGUGCAGGGGAAGGAGCACGUCAAGUGGUGGUUGACGACCAGCCAACCGAUGUGCAGCAGGGGACGACGGUUCGUCGGGCAGCGGAGGUGGGUUUAGCGCGGUUGGGAACUGGCGGUUCGAGAUUGCAGAUUCAGCGGGAUGGUGGCCGGUGUGAUGAUCAAACAGCUCGGAACAGGGUUGGCGAGGGAGACCGUAGGAGGCUCGAGCAGUCAAGGCAAGCUGGUCGACGAGAGGGUGAAGCGCGUCGAACGCUACAGGGUGAGAGAGUCGCGGAGGAGCAGGUCUGGCGUGGGGUGGGAUGGGCAGUGAAGGGAGGACGAGAGGAAGAGGAGCUGGAGAGUGCGGCGAGUGCGCUCCCUAUUCAGAGGCGCCGUCCACGUGCGACAGAGAAUCCUGCUGCGGUGCAGGCAGAGGAACUGGAGGAGGGUGAAUGGGUGGCUGUGGAGAGGGUAUUGCAGGAACAGGAAAAUGCUGGGGCCCAGGUUUUCGAGGAGACGGCGGGUGGAUUUGAGGAGGCCGUCGACCGCAUCGCAGCUAGCGGCAGGGUGCAUACCACUUCCGAGUUAAUGCGGCGUCUGACGUUGGUGGCGAGGUCCGUGGCCAGGAUUUCGUCGGAGCAAGGUGUCCGCUUCAGCGAAUGCAUGGCCGAGAUUCGCCAGUUUGGUUCGCAGAUGCAUGGAUGGGACGUGCGAUACUUGCAGGACUACGACGAUCUAACGCACGAGUACCAGGUGCUCAAGGAUUCAGUGGUCCGAGAGCGCGAGGAGCUCGUCCAAUUGCGUACUGCUUUUUCAACGUCUGCCGCCGAGGCACGAGCGGCAGCAGCUGAUGCAGGUCGAGCAGCUGCUGCAGUGGCUGUGGGAGCAUUGCAGGAAAAGUUAGUCGGGUUUUCCGAGACGUUUGGGGAGAAUCUGAAGGGUGUGGUGGAGUAG